AAGCUGUAAGGUCCGGGCAUUGAAAACGGAGCGAAGAAGGGAGGUGAUGGAUGAUUUUUAGCUGACGUUUGGGAGUAUUUAAGCAACUUUUUAGUUAGGUUUUAAUUCAGUUUUUGUUACUAACUAAUCACAACUUACAUUUACACAGUUUUAGAGUGAGUUUUUGGGCUGUAAAGAUACACAUUUGACUUAACGGACCGUCUAAAGGUAGCUAACAUUCAAAAAUGGACUCAAGAAAAGUGCCUGAUUAUUUCUCUAGCAGUCUGGGAGAAGCACACAAGACCCAGCAUCCGCAGGAGCAGCCUCCUGCUAAAAGUCUGGACCUCGAUAAGGUGGUUCGUCUUUUUGAAGAUCCCCUGACUACAAACUUGAAGGAGAGGCACCUUUUUGUCUUGAAGAAACUACUGAAGAAGAACCAGAAUGGUUUUCUUUUAAGGGAGCUGGCAGGCAUAUCCAGAGUCCUGAACGUUUGUGCAGAGAAGGUGAAUGAUCAUCCCGAGUAUCUGCCCAGUUUGUGCGAAGCCCUUCACAUCUGUGGGCUUCCCUUCCUGAAGGAGAAGGCGUCCGACGAGCUGAACUACGCUCAGGAUGCUGCAGAGUUCAUCUCCCACAUUGGGUUUCUGAUGCGGGUUUCUCACUUUGAAGUGAAGCAGAAGGUGGUUGAAUGCGUGAAGUCUUUCUAUGGCUGUCUGGGUCAAGUGGAGCUGCCUGAUGGGCUGCGGUCCACCUCUGCUGGCUACAGGCUACAGCUGCUGGAGCGCAGCGACCUCCCCAGGACGCUGCUGCUCUCCAUGGCCACUCUGGAGAACCGGCCAGCCAUCAAGCUGCAGCUCCUGCAGACACUCCAGACCCUCUCCUGCUCCUCUGAUGUGAACUGUUCUUCUAUUCUGCGUGCACGGGGAGCUGAGAUGAUCUGCCUCCACAUGAACGAAGGCCAGCCUCGUGUUCAGGAGAGUCUGUUUGCCAAACAGCUCGUGGGCUGCGCCACUUUUCCCGAGCUGAAAAGUCACAACUCUUUGGACCAGAACUUCAGGUUCAGCUAUAGUGACGAAGACCUGAAGAUGAAGAAGUUUCUGCUGAAUCUGUUGGUUUUGAUGUGCAGAGACUCGGCCGCCCUGCAGCUCUACACAGACGAGCUGGUGGUGCUGUUCCUGCUGGAGCUCAUCAAGCCGCCCGCCGCCCCCUCUGAGCGCCACUGGUCGCUGGUCCAGCUGGAGGAGCUCCAGCUGCAGGCGCUGGGCGCCCUGGCCAGCGUGGCCCCGCUGCUGCUGGACGACUACAUGUCCUGUCAGGGAAACGCCCGCCUGCUGCUGCUGCUGGACUGGUGCGUCGUAGCAGAGCCCCACCCCGCUGGAGGACGAGGCAGUAAGCAGGCUCAGAAGCGGCUCUGCAUCCGAGCGCUCAGGUCUGUGACGUCUUUGGGAGACGAGGCUGUGAACCAGGACCUUUGUGAUCAGGGGGCCAUCGGCCAGCUUCUGGGAGUUCUGAUGGAGAUGGAAGCCAGUUCUGCCGGGAAGGACAUCGCCACUGUGGAGAUGAUGUCAGACAUUCAGCUCAUCCUCUCAGCUCUGUGUGAGCCUGACAUGCACAGAAAGGAGCUGUUUGGAUCAGAUGGAGUUGAGAUGGCACUUCACUUCCUAAAGAAAGGCUCAAGCUUGUUCUACAGCGGACUUGGACACAACAAGCUGCUCCUCUCCACAGUGGACUGUGUGUGGUCCUGCAUAGUGGGCUGCUACACUUCAGAGGAUUUCUUCCUGGCUCGCGGAGGCGCAGCUCUUCUGCUCGACAUCCUCCUUACGGGCCCCAGAUGUGUGCACGGCCUGGUGCUCUCCACCCUGAUGGAUCUCUGCGACAACCCAAACACUGCGUUCUACAUCCUGAGAUGGGGGGGCACUACCGGUCCGACUGCCCCAGCACUCCUGCUGCAGCUGUGGAGGGAGGAGGAAAGGGAGCUGGGGGUGAUCCGAGACCCCCAUGGAGUGAUUUCAGACCCUCAGAGGCCCAUCAGUGCUUUCCAGCAGGGCAACAGCAGUUUGACUUUUCCUGCGAGCACACAGAGCGCAGUGGUGCUGGAAAUAUCACAGAACCAGCGGGCAAAUAUUUACUCCAUCCUCUGCUGUCUGGGUAAGACCCGACCACAGCUUCCAGAGUCCCACAGCUGGCUGACGUGGGACAGACUCUUACUCGUGGUCCUCACAUCCUUUGCUGGUUCAGGUUUUCAGGAGCUGCGCGGUUUGUCGGCGGAGGAUCAUGUGACCCUCUGCAUCGUAAAGGGAUAUCCGGACUUAAAGGUCGGUGAGGUCUGGGCAGAGAUGUGCAGGGAGCUGAGCCUGGAGGGCGUGAGGCCCAUCAGCCCCGACCGGGAGGCCAUGAGCACCAUCUGUAGGAUGUCAGAGGACACAGCAAACAGCAUAGCGGCUGAUCAGAACAGCAUCCUGGAGUGGGAGCAGAGGGAGGACGUCAGGGAGGAGAAGCUGGUGUACACAGAGAUUAAGUCUCACUGGAAGCAGCAGGAGCUGACAGAAAACUCCUGGAGAAAAUAUGUUUCCAAGACUUCCAAUUACGAGAUCCUUAAGCAAGAAAAAGCUAAGACGGAAAAGCAAAAGGAGACAACCAGACCCAAACCGAAGCAGGAUCAGGCAGCCGGCCGUCCCGCGCAGAGUUUUAUGGGGCGCGUUGUGGCAGUGGAGAGCACAGGUGUUCAGGGUCCUGCUGGGGUGAAGCUGACGCUGGCCAGAGCUCCAGUUAAGACUGAAGCAGCAGCCUGAACCCAGCGGAGCCUCAGCUCUGUCACAGAUGGCUUCCCCUUCAUGGGAAACCCGACAGAGCUCCUCCUCAUUUUUCAGGGUUUGUUUGGGCUGUUUAAACUGAGGCAAAAAGUAGACAUGACGUCACUGCAUAUUCACAAACAGAGGCUUGUUUUCCCAGGCUGCAGCCGGCCCUCGAACUGGCUGCAGACUGGCUCCUCCAUCACAUCACUCAUUCAGCUCCUCUGUCUGGGUCUCAUGUGGGUGCAGCGGCCAUCUUUAAAUUACUCCAACUGAAACAGCCCCUUUUACGCCCCUCCCCCAGCUUUUUUGUCUUAUUUCAGCCCUUCUGACACAAACUGCUUGAAUUCUGGUCAAAUAACAACAAUUCUCAGAUGAACAGAUCCAAAUAAAAACUAACAGCAAUUAAUGAUCUGUGAUCUUGUUUGUUGGAUGCUGAUCCACAAGUUUUACUCUGGGUCAAAGGUCAGAGAGUAAAAAGCUCAUACAAAACAAACCAAGUCAAAUCAGACAGCACCAUCAGAACACUUAGAAACUAACAAAAAGAUUGUUAAAAGCCUGUAAAGUGACACUUAAACUGGAGAUAAAACUGGUUUGAUGGCCUCUGAUGAAAAAAAGCAGCACACAGACGAGAAAGUUUGAGUUCCACUGAGUUUACUGAUCCUCUCAGGAGGAACGGGACUCAGACUCUGGUCCUGGAGGGCCACUGUCCUGCAGGUUUUAGAUUUUUCCUGCUUCAACUCGCUGAUUCAGAUCAAUUCUCAAUUAUGAGACUGGAGAUGGCUCCAUCUUUUAAAGAGAUCUGUUCCAUCUGAAUUAUGUGUUUUAAAGUAGGAAACAACUUAAACCUGCAUGGCAGCAGCCCCAAGGCAGAGGCAGAGGAGGUAGUUUUGUUUGGUCUCAGAGGAAAAUUCUCACAGUCUGCUGAGGAGAGGAUGCCGGUCAAGGUCACACUGAGGGCGGGGGGGCCAACUGGAAGACUGAGGAGGUUCCAGUUAGCUGAUGAGAGCUCUGAUCAAACAAUGUGGCAACGGGCGGCACCCCCUGUUGGACCUCCAAACUCAGCCCAACCAACCCUAAAGCCACCCUAACACCUCAGUCUGGCCUGUGUGGGGCAGAUUCUCCCUCCAUCAUCCUUCAUUUGUGCACCCAGCGGAACAACCAGCAUCACAUCAGACGUUUCAUGCAUAGGAUCACUUUAAAAAAAAAACAGUUUUAGCUACUAAAUUCAGGACAGUUGUUGAGUACCCCCCCCCC